GGACAGUUGCCAGUCACCACUAAACUUUGGACCCGCAGCUGAUGGUCACUGUAGUCACCACUGAUAACGUUUUAUACAUUUUCGUAGCUUAUGUAAGAGCAAGACUGGCUGAAGAUGGCAUUAUUAGCGUCCAUAAUCCUGCGUCAGGGGCUAAGGCUUGGGAGGGGUGUUCAAGCAAGAAGUGCAAUGAUGGUUGCCCAGUCAAGAUAUCUACAUGAUGACAAGGUAACACUGCCUCCUCUCCCUGUCCCUCCGCUGGAAGAUACACUUAACAGAUAUUUAAAAACAGUCAAACCUCUUGUGACAGAUGAAGAAUUUCAGCUUACUGAGCAAAUUGUGAAGAAGUUUGUGGCCCCAGAAGGAAUUGGUAGUAAAUUACAGAAGAAGCUGCUGGAGAGAGCAAAAUCAACAGAUAACUGGCUUUCUGAAUGGUGGUUAAAUGCAGCUUACCUAGACUACAGGGGACCGGUUGUGGUUUGGUCAUCUCCAGGACUCGUUUUUCCCCUUCAGGAAUUUAAGUCACUGGAUGAUCAACUGAAUUUUGCUGCAAAAGUUAUUGCUGCAACUAUUGACUACAAAGCUAUGGUUGACGAGAAAACUUUGCCACUGGAUCGCAUGGGAAAAGACAUUUUAGAUAUGUCUCAGUACUUCAAGAUCCUGGGUGCAUGCCGCAUUCCUGGAGUGACAAGAGAUAGGAUUCACUUCUAUGGCCAUGAACCAAACACUCCAAAACACAUAGUAGUAGCUCAUAAUAAUCAUUUUUUCAAGAUUGAUGUGUAUGGAAAAGAGGGCAAGCCUCUGAAUGUGAAACAGUUGGUUUAUCAGCUUCGUAAUGUAGUAGAACGUUCUACACAUCCAACAGUUCCAAUUGGCAUUCUUACCUCACAGAAUCGCAACGUUUGGGGAAAGGCUUAUAAGCAGCUUCGAAAGGACAAGACAAACAGAGCCUCCAUUGAAGAGAUACAGCGCUGCAUUUUCUUGAUAGCAAUAGAUGGACCUGAUGUCAACCCUACUGGUAAUAUAAUGACUGAUGCUGCCCUAAACUGUGUACAUGGUAAAGGUCCUCACGGAUAUGCGGGCAAUAGAUGGUACGAUAAGACAAUCCAGUUCAUUGUUGGCAAGAAGGGUGCAGUUGGGUUGACGUAUGAACACACUCCAGCUGAGGGACCUCCAGUAGCUAACCUGAUGGACCAUAUCAUGGAUGUUGUGACGUCAGGAAGAGAUGGGUCAGAGAAUGACAUGAAUGACACAAAACCUCCAGCAGUAGAACUCUCUAGACCUCAACGUUUGAUGUUUAAUAUUUGUGCUGAGGUUAAGCAAGACACUGAAGAUGCUAAAGUUGCUCUAGAAAGUCUGGUUGGUGACCUAGAGAUGACUUGUUUCAAAUUUUCUGGUUUUGGCAAGAACUUUAUCAAAUCUCAAAAGCUAAGUCCAGACAGUUUCAUCCAAAUGGCCAUUCAGCUCGCAUUCUACAGAAUUCAUGGUGAACCCGGCGCCCAUUAUGAGUCUGCUUCAACAAGGAAGUUCUUCCUCGGUCGCACAGAGACAAUCCGCUCCUGUUCCAUUGAAUCUGUUGCCUUUGCCAAAGCCAUGCUUGAUGAGGAUUGUCCAAUUACUGAAAAGACAAGAACUCUUCGUGCUGCAAUUGAAGCACACAAACAAUAUGUAAAGGUUGCUGUGAAUGCACAUGGAGUUGACCGUCACCUUCUUGGGCUGAAAUUGGCUGCUAUUGAAGCUGGAAUGGAUGUACCAACACUCUUCAUGGAUGUUGGAUAUUUACGCAGCUCACAUAUGCGUAUCUCCACAAGUCAAGUUCCUGCUCGCUGUGAUGCAUUUAUGUGCUUUGGACCUGUAGUGCCUGAUGGCUACGGUUGUUGCUACAAUCCUCGAGGUGAUUCCAUUUUCUUUGGCACAUCAGCUUUCAACUCCUCCCCAGAAACAGACUCGGCCACUUUUCGUGAGGCUCUUGAACAAAGCCUAUUGGAUAUGCAGGAUGUUUUACUGAAAGAAGGAGUCAAAGCCAAACUUUAAAAUUUUAGUAACAACAUAUCUGCUUCAUCAAAUGAACUAUCAUGUGUAGACAGGAAAAGUUUACUAACUCUGUAUUGAUAAUUAACAUAAUUUUAAUAUAAAAUCUUGAUAAAUAUUUUUUUGGGGUUUUUUAAUUAAUAAAAGUUUCUUCUAUACUCAUCUGUAGUGCUAGAGAAUAGAUUGGCUUAUGUUGGAAAACUCUUGUAUCCCUUAAUUACUGUUUAUCAUGCCACUUUUUAUUACACUGACGGUCAGAAUGUUCAUGUAGGUCUUGCCAAACAUGUUAGUUGGUUUUCAAAUUUUAAACAGUUGCUGUGCACUGCAUGCUGACUUGACAUUUUUAUAUUUUAACAGAAGAAGGGGACUUGUUAUACAGAGAUGUGUGAAUAGAAUUAUGGUUGACUCAUCAAGUAAAUAAGAGGGUAAAGUGGAAGUUUGUAAGAAUAAGAUAAAUGGUACAAGUGUAAGUAAAGAGAAGUACAAAAAUGGGUAAAAGAAUGAAGAUUUAACCCUAAAAUCCCAUUUUCUUUUUGGCAACCAAUAUUAUCCCAGAGGAUAAUAUUGUCUAUAAGUAAACUAAAAGUACAGUACUACUCAAGAGAAAGUGUAUCAUAGCCUUCUACGUACUUGGUGGAAGAAAUCCCUUUUUGACAAUUCAGUUGUAGCAGUGAAGAUAAAUAAACAAGUGUUUUUUUUCAUAUUCAUGGGAUUGGAACCAGAGAAUGAAACGAACAGGAUUUAGACAAAACUUGAGGAGAGGAACCCAAUCUUACUGGGUAAAAGGAAGAUGCCCUUUGUAAUUAGCAGUACCUUGAAUUCUUGUCAUAUAACUAAGAGGAACAAAAAGUUAUAAUGUAUUUUUUCUCUACCAAUUAAUAAUAUAAAAUCUCUAUUCUAACAUCUAAAGAGAACAGAGAUGUAAAAUUGGGUUCAUGAUUGUCAAACAUUUCAAACACCUGGAUUACUAUUUCCAGCCCUGUUCCUAUACAUAUUGUCCGAGUUAAAGAAUCCAGAACUACCAACCAUUUCCAUAGCAUCAUCUUGAUUCUUGGUAAAUCAUUUGCUUUACUUUUUAGUAAACUGCAACAGAUAUGGCUUUCUAAUGUGUUUUUAAAACUUCAUACUACUUCAUGCAGUAUUCUUAGUGACCCCGUCCAUACAGUAGUUCAAGCUAUAAUUCUGUACAAGUUCCAUGAAUACAUCAGUGUAUGUGUAGCAUUCAUUCAUACACAGCAGCUUUAUUUUCCACUGAUGAACAUAAGACAAGAGCAUAACACACUCAAAUCCUCCCAUUCCAUGAUUUUUUUACAUUACUUUGGGAGCCUUAAAUAUGAGGGACCUGUCAUUUUGUUGCACUCAUGUUAAACAUGCCUCAAAUGUCAGUAACGACACAGGAAAUUCUUGAGCAAAUUGAAAGAUGUCAAUGGAUAUCUUCGUGAGAGAAAAAAGAUCUUAUGGUCUCCAACAGUUAGUAGGUUGGCUGUUUGAGUGGACCUCCUUCAUCUCAGUGGGCCAAAAGAUUGAAAUCAGGCAUGUGACUUCAUCAUGUCCCCAUAAAUAAGCUUCAAUGCUUUUAUUACAGGCUAGAUAUUACAUUGUGAUUUAUAGAAAAUAUUUAUUUAUUCAACUAUUAAGAAAAUUUUCAUCAGUUCAAAUGAUGAAAGCAAAAGAAACAAGAAGUAGUACAUUCAGUGUACACCAUGCAACAAUGGAAGAUGACAGUGGUUUACAAUGACACUUGGCUGCUGUUGUGUCCAAAUUUCAACUUCCCAGUUCAAGAAGUGCCUAUGACAUACCCGGACGAACAAGCAAACAAAAAAUGAGUAAAAGAAAAAAUUAUUUUGCCAAAACACUUGCUCACUAUUGUUCCCAAUACAACAUGGAUAAGCUCAAAUCUCCCAUGACCACUGGCAGUAACAGCUGAAAUGUAAGUAAGUAGCAUAGUCAUGUCGUGGUGUCAUUGAAAAAUGAAUAGGUCUGUUGCACGUGUGAAUCUAAUUCUAUUAAGGAAUUACUGCUAAAUUAUUCAAAAUCAACAAUGGGUUAUCAAUAUAAAGUAGUAUUAAUAUAAACCCCCAGAUUACAUAAAAUACUUAAUAAUUGUAAAAAUUUCAAAAACUAGUCAAAUGCCUCUUGUAUGAUUCAUGUAUGUGUGGAGGACAACAAUUAACAAAAUGUCUUAAGGGCUACACCCAGGAGCCUGAUGGGCUGCAGGUUGCCCACCACUGCACAAGAAGCUCCCUCUAAUUACGUACCAGGAUCUAUUCAGAGACAAAGCCCCUUACUGUUACUGGAGUGCCAUCCUAGGACUUGGAAAUCCCAACACUGAUCUGACGUGUUGGAUCAAGUGUAAAGAUCUUGUUAAAUGUUUUCAAAGGUCAUGAGAAGUAAUGCUUGUUCCUCCACAGCAUUACCAACCUCCUGUAAGUGAUCAAGGGAAUGUUAUCAUUUCCUUUACUUGUCAGCUUACUGGUCUUGUCUUUUGGGCAGUCAGUUCUGUUCUUUGUUAAGACCUCCAUUGUCUAAUGUUAGUUUAGAAGGAAGCAGGAAUACCUGGAGAAAAGUGGUGAUAUUUGGUAGGGUCGCAUUGGAUAAACAACCAUCUCGCAUCUGACCACGGUAUCAAACCUGGGAGGCAAUGGUGGGAGGUAAGCUUGCAAUUAUUGUAUCUCCUUAUGUUAUCUAUCCAUAUAUUUAUAUUAUGCAUCCUUUUGUUAAUACUGUCUGACUUUACUUUCGUUCUUUUCAAACAUUAUUAUGUACAAACUAAUAUUUCAGUUACCGGUAUAUGUUAGCCAAAUCAACAUUUAUUAUAAUAAGAAUUGAAAAUUUUGUAAUACUUGCCAACUUAUGUUUCUACACCACUGUUUUAAUUGUUUACAUACUGUACUGUGUUUAUAUAAUGUGAAGUUGUACAGUGAGUGACAAUUAUCUUCCCAGUUUAGGAUGAAUGUAUUGGUCUCUGGGAACCUUAUGAACAGUUGGCGGCCUGGAGAGGACUGUUUCGGAGUUUCCAUGGUGUCCUUGUCCAUUUAUCACAUUAACCACUUGGGGAGGUUUGGAACCAUGAUAUGCUUCUUGUUCUUUAUAUAGAGACUCCAGGCUUUUCGUCUCGGGUGAAUUGUGCUACCCAGUCAGGCAUGCCAAAUAUUCAUGGUUGUCAAGGUAUGUCUUUGAUUAUGUUUGGCCAGCUUUAAAAAAUCAUCAGACAAAACUGGAAAGAUAGUUUUGUCACACACUGUACAUUAUAUAUCAUACAUGCAGUAUUUAGAAAUUCUGCAAUCAGCAACUAUUGUAACCAAUAAAUAAUUUUUAUACAGUCGAUUCCCUCGAAUUUAACGACUUGGGGGCUCCUUAUCAAAUUAUCCAAAGUGUCCAAAUUUGGUUGGCAAAUUCAGAAAUUUUGUCAAGAUAGUGUGGGUGUUUUCACAAACUCAAGUGGGUAAUUUUGACAUUUCAAAAAGGCAAACCCCACUUCUGAUUUUUAUUGAAAUCCAGAGGUUUAGUUUAUUCUCAGGUUAUGAACGAAAUAUACAGUGCUCUUGUU